AUGAAUCUAGAAGGAAGAGCAAACACCAUGAUUGGUGUCUCCGCGGCGUACCUUGCCGUCGCCUGGAUCGCCUUCUCACUACGGACCAUCGUCAAAGGAUAUAUCAUGCGAUCAUUCGCUCUAGACGACUGGCUCAUGGUCGUGACGAUGGUGUUUGACAGCGGUCUUCUUAUCACCAUCGGACAGGGCCUGGAGGAUGUCCAGGUUGCAUCGAUAUACGUGGCAUACCAAGUUUUCCAGUUUGCAUUUUACACGCUUGCAAACGUCUUCCUCAAGGCAUCUCUCGCAAUCACAUUCAACCGAAUCCUGCUCGAGAAGUGGCAACGCAGGACAGUACAGGUGACUGUUGGUAUCCACACUGCGUUCGGUCUGGCAACCUUCUUUACCAUUCUUUUCCGCUGUGGUAACCCCAUGGACUUUAACGCUCGAUACCACCAAAGCAUGUGUAUGAGCUGGGAGACCACGCAAGGCAUGCAAUACACCAACAGUGUCAUCAACACAACAGCAGAUUGGAUACUCGCUCUGCUUCCCAUCUUCGCUCUUCGCUCCAUGAAGAUGAACCACCAAGCCAAGAUCUCUGCAUGCUUCAUCCUUGUAUUGGGCUGUGUCAGCAGUAUCAUGUCUAUGCCUCGCUUUGGCUUCCUCCACGCGCUCGGUGGCAUGGGAAAUCAGUACUGGAAGAUGGCAUAUCCCGUGGCUGUUCUCGGUGUCGCUGAAGUUGGCACUGGAGUCACCGCCGCUUGUCUCCUCACCUUGCGACCUCUGAUCAGAAAUUGGCGUGAACGCAGCGAACAUCACUCUUCCAACAGAAACAGCCAUAGACUGGACGAAAUGGAGGAGGCUGAGGUGGGAGAAGCACGAGCAAUAAGUCUGAAGUCUGUAUCUGCGACUUCUGUCGCAGACUCCAGCCAAGAUUCAAUGCACAAAGUCAAGCCCAUACCGGCCAUGGUCGUCAUUGGUACCGCCGAAUUCGAGCCCACAUCUCAACUCUCAGUCACGGAAACAGCACAACUACGCAGACGUUCAUCCUGCAAACCCACGGAGGAACUGACAGUCCACGAAAACAAAGUGUCAAUCGACGAGCCCAUCUCUGAACAGUCUGAUGAAGAGCAGCCCCAACGGCCAGACCUCGCACACCGCAUGACCCAAGACUCUGAUGUAAGGCCUUGGAGGCAGCCUACCAUCGACACAGCAAAAACAGCAAAGGAGAAGAAGAGAUUGACAUGGAAUGAUAUCCACGCACAGUGGAACAAUGCACACUCGGCUAGGACAGCUUGCCAUGGUCCUGCGCCACAGAAAGAAGCAGAGAAGCCUAGGAGAAUCAGCAUCAAACGUGUGUCAAGGGUGUUGGCUGAGUGGAGUUGGGACAAGGCAUAA